CGUCACUGUCGUACGUCAGUGUCGGUCGUAAACGCGCGUAAAUUUGUUUCGUGGAUCAGUGUGUGUCGUCCUAAACGAAUCAACAUUAUUUUACAUGAACCCAACAGCAAACAGUCAUGGACAGAUACGUGCUUGUUAUUGUAGUCAACCUAGAGUCGAAGAAAGAAAGCGCCUUUAACGCAAUUGAUGCAGCCAAAAGAUGGUGCGAUAACCUCAAAGACAUUGCAGGCUCAAGCCUAACGCGGAUUUCUGCAUUUCCAGCUUGCUCUCUGAGUGGUUGUCCAGCCCCGCAGAAAUGGUACUUUGCCAUUCAAGCCACGUAUGGUACAGCACAGUGGUGCAGCUCAGAGUGGGAGGAAUUGUGCUCCCAGCGCAGUGACAGUGAGGCAUCUGAGCCAUCUGCUCUAGAAAACUGCAUCACUGCCCUCCAGGAACAAGAGGAGGAUAGUGCAUUGGCGGAAAAGCCAUCCCACGCAGAACUCUUUGAGGAGGCGGCUGAAGUUCUUCAUCAGGUAGCAGACAAACUUCCUCCUCCAGGGAAGUCUUUACUGGAUGUGAUAGUGCUGUGUGUGGAUGAGCAGGCGGGGUUGAAGGAUAUGUUGCCUCUGAUUGGCUCUUUGAAGCACAUGCAGGCGUGGCACUCUGCACAAAUGACUAUGGUCACAGAGCACAGAGCUGGGUGGCAGAAAGCGGCCAAAUACCUGAACGCCUGCAUGUGUUCUCCCUCUAUGAUUGACAGCUGUGUGGAUGGCACUGAGAUCUGGAGAGGAGGACUCCAUAUCAGAGAGAAAAAGUUUGUUUCCGAGCUCAGGUUUGAUGGUUUCUGUUUGAGAGCUCAGAGGAGAAAUCACUGGAAAGAUCUGCUGUUUCCUCAUACAGACCCACAAUGCCAAAUUGAUCAUAAACUACAGAAUGAGGUGUUUCACUGUUACCAGCCUGUGUUGGAACUGAUUCAGCUGAUCAGAGUCACGGAUCUCCCGAUUCACCUGCGUUCCAGCACAGAGUUUGAACUUGGAUUGGCUACCAAAUCCGUCAAAGCCAAGCUGCUCCUGGAUCAGCUCUGCACGUUGCGUGGAGAGGUGGGAGCUUUGUUUUCUCUGUCCUGUGUGAUAAGCGCUGAGACUUUCCCAUCGGCCUCUCAGAUCAGCUCCUGCAAAUGGAGAGACUUCAUGUCCAAACGCCCCAAGGAGUUACUCGUGCCUGACGUGGAGUUAAAAGGUGAGAGAGGCCGCUACCUCUUCUUGGUGCAGGGGGUGGAGUCAGGAGGCUGCACGGCACGAUUGAUACACACAGCCAAUCAGAUCAACGGAGCCGCUGCCUUAGCAACGCUCAUCGCCCUUAUCAGAGAAAAGGCUCCAGGGAACAGCGCUGCUGACUGGCUGCGUUCCCUGCCAUGUAUCCGUGGUGAGCAGCUCCUGCAGAGGGAGAGAAAUCUGGCCAAGGUGCAGACCCUGGUCCUGAAGGAAUGUUCCCGGCGACGAGAAGAAGCCCAGAAACCUGCCGCCGUUCCUGUGAAUGAACUGAAGGCUCUAUUGAGUCUGGCCCGUGAGCAGUAUCUUCAGAUGCAUGACUCCACACUACCAAGAGCCUCUGAGUGCACAUCCCUGGAGAAAGAGAAUAAGAGCUCCACUUCCAACACUAAAGUGACAUCUUCAUCCAACGAUGGGAAACGCACAUAUUGGCCAGAAAGAAGCGUCCUACAAAACUACGAGAACACACAGAGAGCCCGACAAAGAUCCAGGUGCAGGCUCUUCAGCAGUGCUUCCUCUGAGAGUCUGAUGGGACCUAAAGACGGUCAGAGGGGAAGCAGCACGCUGCUGGAUGCCAGAGAGCUGCUGAAACACUUCACUCCUGAUGGACAGCCCACGGGAGAACUCCAGCCGCUGACUGUGCUCAGAGGGGAACAUGUGUUUCAGUUGUCUCCUGAUCUAACACCCAGGAAGAUUACCGAGCUCUCAUUCUCAAAGGUGGCCAAAUCUCACUACCACGGAAUCGAGUUAUGUCUGGAUGAGCAUAAGGCUCUCGAACGAGAUCGUGGCUUUGUUAAGCUGCAGUCUCGUCUCAUAAGAUACGAGACCCAGAGUACAUGCUGUAAGGAUCCCUGUCCCGUGCCGUUUGCCCUCAGCCCCGCACCCUCCCCGGCCGUGCUCUCUGAACCGGGUAGCGUGCCUGAUGGCGAGGCUCUGAACAGCGAGCCGUCCCGUCUGAAACGCCGGUCACGUGAAACAGACUCGCACCUCCAGCCACACAAGAGGUUUUGUAAAUCGGAGAGCACUGAAUCUCUGGGCGUUCACUCUAGUGGUUUGGGUGGCACGCACCCGGCUGCGGGGGCUCUACGGCAGCAGGCGGCCCACUCUCGCUCAAACACAGGGCAGACGAGACGUUCUGCUUCUGUUGCCGAGCUCUUACCAAGUCAAAAACUCAGCCAGACCCAGAUCGAGUCCCGCUCCCAGAAACACAACAGGAUGCUGAGGGAGGUGGUGGAUAAGACGCUCCAUAAACACGGGAUCAGCAGCCAGCACAAGUGCUUUGAAGCCUGCAGUCAGAGACUCUUUGACAUAUCAAAGUUUUAUCUGAAGGAUCUGAAAACCUCACGUGGCCUUCAUGAAGAAAUGAAAAAAGCAGCCAGUAACAAUGUCAAACAGGUGAUUGACUGGGUUGUGGAGAAAUCGUCUAAAAGAUGAACAGAAAAAUUCUUCAGUGUUAAGCAUCGAAGUAGAAGGCGAUCCUGUGGUAGGAAGCAAGCGUGAUCUUACAAAAUGAGUGGAUGUAGCUUGUAAAAAAGUUGUCAUUUGUCUCCCCGGCCUCAGAAGUCCUUUUGUGCAUAAUUUACAGUUUUCUAUUUUAUUUUUAUAAUAAUGUAUUUGUUGUAUGUGUUUGUAUUAAAAUGGUUAUUUGAUUAUUUGUAUGUUUCCUUUUGCAUAAGAGCCAAACAUAGCCACAUGUUUUCUGAGAAACGCUGUUUGCAUCAUGAAAAUCUGUCAGUGAGCGUGUCUGCCCAUAUCCCAUUUCCGCAAUCAAAUCAUCACUCAAGCAUGAAAUAAGGAACACAUGAGGUUCUUUUAUAAAGCCCAUAAUUCCCUCUGAGAUGACCUCAUGUUUUAUUGUGUUUAGUCCUCUGCUGUUUUGACCAUAGAUGUGAGCUAUGCUAAAUAACUUAUGCAUGGAUCAUGGUUUGCCCCAAACUAAUGGUAUGAUUGGGGUCAAAAGGUCACAGAGGUCUGAGGUCAUAAAGAGUAACUCCUAAAACUAUUACGAGCUGUUCCCUGUUACUCCCCAUCUAGGGAAAGGUUGAGGGUGUCUCGUUUGGCAAAAUCGCAGGACACAUUCCAGUCCCACACAGGGCUAUUGUUCUUGCUCCUGGGUGCCCAGGGGGUGAUGGGAAAAGGGGGAGGGGUCGUAUGUUACAUUGGCAACACUGAGAGCCCUCGAAGGCAACAUGCAAUCUGAACCCGUUAGCUGCACAUUGACAGUGCUGCUGUAUUUCAUUUAGUUGUAAACGAUUUGUGUGACACAUGCAUCCAUUUUUUUUUUCAAAUAAACCGAAUAGAGAAAAAUAAAAUUGUACAUGACAAUAAUAUGCUAAAGUCCUUAAACUUUUUGGUAUAGGGACAAAGAACUUAAAUGACUUUAAACGUCUUAGUUUUUUGCCUGUUUUAUUGUAUAUUA